GAGGUGCAGUUGGCGGGAUAGACAGGCGUAAAGCGGUCACUAGGGGUGUGUCAGCGUGUAACAUGGAGGCUGGGCUUGUUUCAUUUCCUCCUCCACCGCCAUUUUGCGUCGGAGGCACCCAGAGAGAAAGAAAAUAGAAGAGGGAAAGUAAAAGAGGUGGAUAAAACCGAGCGGAAACCAAAGGAGACGCUGUCACGAAACAGAAUCUACCGAGUAUACGAGGCGACGUUUUAGCUCGUGGAACAGUACGCGCCACACGCACCAGACUUAUCCCCUCGCCCCGGUGUCCGCAUUAGCCCUCGGAGAGGGAGGUGUGGGUGAGAAGCAGGAGCCGCCCGGGCUGCGCAGCUCCACUACGAGGUCACCAUGACAAAUGAAGAACCCCUCCCAAAAAAGGUUCGCCUCAAUGAAGCAGACUUCAAGGUGUUGACCAGGGAAGAGCUAUUUGUGAGGUGGAAGCAGUAUGAAUCGUAUGUGCAAGCUCUGGAGAACAAGUACACAGAUCUGAACUCCAAUGAUGUGUCGGGACUAAGAGAAUCUGAGGAAAAGCUAAAACAGCAACAGCAAGAGUCUGCUCGAAGGGAGAACAUACUGGUGAUGAGAUUGGCCACCAAGGAGCAGGAGAUGCAGGAGUGCACGAAUCAAAUUCAACACCUCAAGCAAGUCCAGCAGCCAAGUGUUGCCCAGCUGAGAACAACAAUGGUUGACCCAGCCAUCAACUUGUUUUUCCUCAAAAUGAAAGGUGAACUGGAACAGACUAAAGACAAACUGGAACAAGCCCAAAAUGAACUGAGUGCCUGGAAAUUUACGCCUGAUAGCCAAACAGGGAAAAAGUUAAUGGCAAAGUGUCGAAUGCUCAUCCAGGAGAAUCAGGAAUUGGGGAGGCAGCUGUCCCAAGGCCGCAUUGCACAGCUUGAGGCAGAAUUGGCAUUACAGAAGAAAUAUAGUGAAGAACUGAAAAGCAGUCAAGAUGAACUGAAUGAUUUCAUCAUCCAGUUGGAUGAAGAGGUAGAGGGCAUGCAGAGCACAAUCUUGGUACUGCAGCAACAGCUGAAAGAGUCCCGGCAGCAACUGUCACAGUUCCAGCAACAGCAAAGCUUGGGUAACAGGUCGCUGUCCGAGCCUAAAGAAGACUCCGAGAUUGCUGGCAAAGACUGCAGCCGGCUGCCAAACGGACCGAGUAACGGUGGGUCCUCCCACCAGAGAACUCACAGCUCAGCGGGGCUUUACAGGGAAGGAAGCAGCACAGAAGAGGACUUUCCAGCGUCUCCUGUGAAUGAAGGCAAACUUUCAAACCACUCAGAUGAGAGAACUGGUAGGGGUGGGAGCAGUUACAUGAAUCAGCUUAGUACUGGGUACGAGAGUGUAGACUCUCCCACUGGCAGUGAGAACUCUCUCACUCACCAUUCAAAUGACACAGACUCCAACCAUGACUCUCAGGAGGAGAAGCCAGUGAGUGGGAAAGGCAAAAGAACUGCGGGCUCACGCCAUAUUCAGAAUGGUUUGGACUCUAGUGUGAAUGUACAGGGUUCUGUAUUGUAAAUUAAAACUAAUUUUGACAUUUCCCCCCCCCUUUACUUUUUUUAUACAUCGUUUAAUUUUGAGAACAUAUUGUCCACAAAUAGUGCAUAUUUUGUCACAGAUUUGCCUUUGAGUUUUUUCGUUGGUUAACGUAAUACCUCCUGCCAAUUUGGACGUUUUAACAGUUAGUUUAUUUGAAAGUUAAAAAUUGACAUUUUGUGUAGACCAUUUAUUUUAUGUGAGUUAAUGCGAAAUUUAAGAACAAGUUCUGAAAUAAUAUAAUGUCUGUACAACUGUUGAUAUCUAAAAUAUUUGCUGUGUAAGGGCAUUCUCACCAACUUCUCUGAGCUCUUUAGACCUAAUCAACUCGUCAUGGUAUCGUGAAAGUUUGGCUGCCAAAGUUUACCCGUAGUAUAGUUUUAUCACACACAGUUGGAUUCAUAGGGAAGUAUGUUGGUAAUUUCAGUGUUAAUUGCAGUUUUUUUUCCUCACUUUAUUGGCAACCAUCUGUACAUACUUAUUUUUCUUCAAUAAAUGGCUGAAUAUUUGAGACUGUGCAGAUAACUACUCAGUUUUAAAAUUGGCUGUAUCUUGUUUAUGCAUAUGAUUCUGUGACUCCAAUAUUACCUUGCCUGUACUGACCAAACCAAAAUAAAGAUUUUUAAUAAUGUCACCUCA